AUGGUCACACCCUUACCUCUCAACCUCAAACUUCAAACCAAUGAUUCCCCUCUAUAUUCCAACCCCGCCCUCUAUCGAUCAUUCAUUGGUAAACUAAACUUCCUGACUAAUACCCGUCCUGACCCUUCUUUUUCCAUUCAAGCUCUAAGCCAGUUUAUGCAAAACCCCACACAAAACCAUUUCAAGGCUUUAACCCAUACCUUAAACUAUGUUGUUGCCACAUCCGGUAAAGGUAUUCUCCUCAAGGACAGUGACUCACUAAAGCUCCAAGCAUAUUUUGACUCUGAUUGGGGUGCAUGUUUAGACACACAACGCUUUGUGACCGGUUGUGUUAUACUCUUUGGUAAUUCACCAAUCAACUGGAAGUCAAAGAAACAAUGCACCGUUUCAAAGUCAUCAUCUGAAGCGAAAUACAGAGCUAUGGCAGCCAGUAACAGUUGA